UUUGCAAUCGGACUAAAGCCCUCGGCACACACGAACGAAAAUGUCAUGUUGAAGGAGUUAACAUUAUCAGUAGUCCUUUAAAUGACGCUGAAACUCCAAUAAUUUUCUGGCGUUGACGUCCGGUGUACGACAAGCGGAAACAGAAGUGUCAUAAAUGGUAAUUUUUCUGUGGAUCGUCAGGCAAUAAGACUCCCUCUUGAAGCAUGGAUUUGGCUGGCCUUUGGAGUCACGUCAACCUUCUCUCAGCUCUUCUUGGUCUCGUCAUCUUCACCGUCCUCUCGUGGUUCUUCAGCCGGUCAAAGAACCUUCCCCCUGGCCCGCGUGGUUGGCCACUGCUCGGUUACAUACCUCAGUUGGCGAGGAUCAAGGAGCCUGUCCAUGAGGUCUUCGCCAAGAUGGGCAAGAAGUACGGGCCCGUAUUCUGCUUAAAAAUAGCCAAUCAGCUAGUGGUGGUAUUGCAUAAUUAUGACGUCAUCAAAGAGGCCUGUGAUCAGUUUCAACUGAGUGGACGCCCUUCGUUUGAAAUCGGCCAAUUAACUUUACCGGGUCAUGGUAUCCUCACCGCCUCUGGUGCGCCAUGGGUGGAAUUGAGACGUUUCUCCUCUAUGGCACUACGGAAAUUGGGGAUGGGAAAGAUCACUUUUGAGAAGCAGAUUUCCAUUGAAGCUCGGUAUCUUCUUAAGGAGAUACAAAAGCAGGGACGGGAGAGCUUUAAUCCCAAAGAGUUCUUACAGAACGCUGUUGCCAACAUCAUUUGCUUCUUGGUGUUCGGUAGCAGGUUUGAGUACACAGACGAGAAGUUCAAAGAGCUUCUUGAGACGCUCCACAAGUCGCAUGAGCUUGGUGGGGCGGGGGGAGUUGUCGAGUUUGUGCCUAUAUUUGCUAAACUGACAUUUCUUCCCAUUGUGAAAAAGCACAUGGCCAUCAAUCGGGCAUUUGAACAGAUGAUGAGGAGGCUACUGAAAGAACAUGAGAAGGGAUACCGACCCGAGAUCUCGCGAGAUUAUACAGACGCUUUCUACAGCGAGAUGAAGGCUAAAGACAGCAAAGGCCAACCGACUUUCAUGAACCCUAUCAGUCUGUUCCACUCCGUGUCGGGCCUGUUCGGGGCUGGAACCGAGACUACAACCACCACCCUCCAGUGGGUUUUGCUCUACAUGAUUGCCUACCCUGAAAUUCAGGCUAAGGUGCAGCAGGAACUGGACAGUGUGGUUGGCCGGGACAGACCACCGCAGCUCUCGGAUAAGCCACAGUUAGUCUUUACUCAGGCGGUACUUCACGAGAUCCAGCGCGUCACCAUAGUCCCCUUGGGCGUGCCUCAUAAAUGCAUGGAGGACACCACCGUUUCAGGAUACCACAUUCCAAAGGGUUCUUUGCUGCUCACCAACCUCUGGCAAGUCCUCAAUGACCCCUGUGAAUGGACCAAUCCAAAGCAAUUUCGACCGGAGCGAUUCCUGGACCGUCACGGCAAUCUUGUGCGGCGGGAGAAAUUUAUACCAUUUGGUGUAGGUCGUCGUUUCUGUCUCGGCGAGAACUUGGCCAAGAUGGAGGUGUUUCUGGUGUUCACAAUUCUCCUCCAUCAUUUCACCUUCAAGGCGCCAGAGGGCGCUACGAUCACCUUCAAAGCGGUCGAGUCACUGACGCUUGCACCCGUUCCGUACAAAGUUAUUGCUGUUGCGCGUGACUGAUAAAGAUGACGUGGCUUCGACUUAGUCAUCAGUUGCAUGACCUGAGCCUCUGACGUGAGGGUGUGAUCACCAAGUAAAUAAAAGUAAACAGUUUUUCUGAAUAAAAAUGAGUAAUGCGAGAUCAGAGGCCAAAAUUUUAGUUGCCUUUAAAUGACAAGUCUUUUCUUUGAUGCAAUCAUUUGGCCACUGAACAAAACCAACCCAUUGUAAUAAAAACGUGAGUGAAAUUUCAAGCAUCAGCUUUUUCUGAAGAAAAUAGGUCAGAAAUGCUUGUUGUUUGUCUUAGCCUCGUUAGUUUGCCUUUGAGGACUAUCUGCUUAUUAAUGAUAUUAAUAUUAAAAACAGCAAGCAGUUGUGCUUUCACAUUAAGCCCCCAAAAAUUGCCAAAUCGAUAUAGUCACACGUUGAAUCAACCAGCAGACUUAUGUAAAAAAGCAACUGUUGAUUAAUUGAAAAAUCAAUUGUUUACUAAUUCUUCCAGCUUGACCUAUAUAAACCCAUUGAGCUCUUUCGGUGUUUCGUAAAGCCAAGAUCGUUCGGGAACGAACGAACGAAGUGCGCGAUUGAGUCGAGCUAGCGUACUAUGGCCGUUUUCCAGUACUAGACUUGGGCUCCGUCUCAGGCUUAAGCUGUUUUUCUACUUCCUGACUUUGACGUUAUAAGUGUAAUAGUAAGUCUGAAAGUGCCACAAAACAUCAAGUAAGAUGCAAAAGAGAUAAACAUUACAGUAUUUUAAUUUAAGUUGAACGCUUUAGGCCCACAAUCGAGGAUUGGUUUCCUACACGAAGCCUGAGACGGAGACAAAGUUGAGUAUUGGAAAAAGGCCUAUGGCUACGCUGAUCGGCUAUCAUGUAGCUAGCUGUUUCCGAGUGGCCUUGUACUGAGCAUGCACUAUUGCAAUACCAUACUGGCUCACUGGACCAAACAAGUUUAUCAACCUCAUGUCAUUAUUCGAAUGAUUCUUGAGCAAUGCCUAAUAAGGCAGGAAAACAAGAUAAAAGUUUGGAAUGUUCAUUAAAUGUACAUAAAUCAAAUGGACUCUACAAAUCGAAAGAGAGCGUCGCACCCAACCGUAAUAAAGGAGCCUUUCCAUCUGCGCGUCAACACUUGCGCCAAGCGUUGCGUAUCCGUCACAAUCGCUCCUGGGCGAUUUUGACUGCCGAACGCAACGCACACGUGUGUUAUGUGAAUGGACUCGAUGUUUGUGUCCGUGAAAAUAAAACGCAUGAACGCAUCGUGCACGCAACACACCCAAAACAUGUACAUACGGAAAGGUGGCUUUAACCACACCAGUCAAGAACAGCUUUCCUGCCACCAUUCAACCUGCUGGGCUAUAUCAACACGACUUAGCCAACUAGUACGUUUUAACCAAAAUGAAAAAAAAAUUAUUAACAUCAAUCGCACAUCUCAGGAUCUAUAUUUAUCUUACUUUUGCCAUAGAAUACAUAAAAAAUAAGGCCGGCAGUGGAUUAUGAGAUUCAAAAGGUCCAAUUACCAUUAAAUUUGAAUAAGUUACAUUUAAAUGGCCCAUAAAAAGUAUGACAUCUGAAACUCAGGCCUUUUAACUUCGGUCCGAUGGACAGCAUUGUGCCCCGCGCUGGAUCAAGAGAGCUAGAGCGCAGUUUUCCUGGCAACAGAGGCUCCUUCGGAAGGAACUCCAAUUCGCUGGUUCACGAAGACAAUAAGAUGCAUCCGUUGCAUGCACGUCGCUACCAACAAAACAAACACUCCCUUACCAGAAUGGCUCUUUUCAAACUAUGACGGGGGGGGCUUUUGUUCAAGGCGGAUAGUCAAUCUUUCGACGUCUUCCAUGAUUGCUUUCCUAUACGCAACUGUUUCAUGUACGUACGUUCUACUUCUCACUCUUUACGUGACCACCUCUUUAACCAGGGCUCAGUCAUCCAUGUCUUGUAGAAUAUCCAGCUUCAUGCCGUAAGGUCAACCACUUUAGGGUUGUAUGCCCGUGUAUUUUCUUUCCCAUUGUUUUCCUCUGCCUUACCAGAACAGGUAUUUUUUCGCAUACAUGUAUGUACACUUAAAGUAAUUUGAGAUGCUUAUUUCAGUCUACUUUCAAAUUUUGUUUUAUUCAUAGCUUUAGUAAUUGAAAUAAUUGUAUUUUACGUUAUCAUGUUACGUUAAUAUUGUUUUAUUUCCUUGAGUAUUUGCAUUUAUCAUUUUCUAAUUUUAGUUAUUUCCUGUUUCCUAUUUAACCAGAGUUUUAGAACAGCUCGAAACUAGAAACCAAUGGUUUCUAGUUUCAAAAGAAACAUCAUGGUUUCAAACCAUGAUGUUUCUUUUGGGCAAGCCAGCGGGAGCUGGUUAAUUAUUGCGUCCUUCAUGUUUUGUUUCUAAUGUUUAAAUGUGUCUUCUGUCAAUAAAGUGUCUUUGUAAGUGUAUCCCGAAAAAUAA